AUGUUGGAGACGUAUUUAAGACUUCGUAUUCUUACAAUUACUGAAGGAUUUAUUGGGACUUUAUUAAAUUUAUUAACAUUAUUUAUUGUAUUUAAAACACACUUUGGCUCUAAAUCCACAACUUUAAUGUUAAGAUUACAGACAAUAUUUGAUUGUACUGCAUGCUUUUUAUAUGCAGUAUAUGCAAUAACAGAAAAUGAAGCUUCACUAAUCAAUAAAGAACCAACGGAAAUAGUAUUUUUUAAUAAACUAUUAUGCUAUUUAUGGUCGUAUAACAUUGCAUUUUGGUCUGGUGUUAUACUAAGUGUACAUAAUAUUGUAUGCAUUUCAAUUGAUCGAUUUAUAGCUGUUCUAUUUCCAGUCAUUUAUAAAACACAUCAAUUAUUAUUAAUUAUAAUAUUUAUGACUUAUCAAUUACUCAUGAUAGGAUUAUUAUUCAUACCAAUAAUAUUUUUUAGACGUUUUGAUAAUAAUACAUGUAUUUAUGUGCCUGGACCUGUUGGAAUUGAUUCUUCAAUAUAUAUUGCUUUUCGUGGAUAUACAUGGUUAUUUUUUCAAUAUAUAAUUCCAGUACUGAUUAUUACAAUAAGUCAUCUCUUAAUUAUCAUAAAAUUGAAAAAGCGUCAACAUCAAUCUCAAAUUCUUACAUCGAUUGAAGUUUCAAACAGUAAUAUACAAUCAAAUAGAAAAUAUGAAUCGAAUGAACAAAGAAAGUUAAUUAAACUAGUCAUUUUAACGGCAGUAAUGUCUGGUCAACAAGCUACAUUACAUUUAUAUGAAUCUAUACGUUAUUUCUUAACAAUGCUAAAUAUUGUAAUUUUUAGUUAUGGUACGAUUGGACAACAGAUGGGUCCAUUUUUAAUUAUAUUAAGUAGUUGUAUAAAUCCAUGUGUCAUUAUUGGGACGACAGUAUCAGUACGUCAACAAUUUACACUUUAUCUACAUAAAAUAUGGAUAAGAAUUAGACGAGUUUAA